GACUUUCUUCAACCUCACCCUUCAUAUAGCUUUUGAUUUUUAAUCUCAUUCUUGUUUCUUAUUUCUAUACAACCUGCGCUGCGAAAUUGAUGGCGCGACGUCCGUCAACCACUUUCGAAUUUUCUAUUCCUGGUGACGAGCUUGAACAGUCUCGCAUUCAGCUCGAACAGCAGAUACAAAACACUGAUUUAUCACUGCAUCUUUCAUCUUCACAAGGGGACGACGAAAGCGUUGAAUAUCCGAGGCACAAUUCUAACCAUUCCCUAGGCUUUGCAUCAUUCGAACAACCCAGUCAGCACUUCGACUACGAUGCUCCCAGUGGCUUGCACGCGUGGUCCACGCAUGAAGAUGAAGGUGUAAAUCCUUAUGCCGGUGAGACUGUUUCCACAAUCGGCCACCAUGCCAGCGCUGUCACAAUCGGCGCAGGGCUCGGUGGGCACGGUCAACGGAGGGAAAUCAGUCUCAGCGGUGCUGAGUACGACCCAGAUCGCCCGCUGCAAGAUAUGAUUGCUGGUAUGGAUAGCCGCAUCAGUAUCUUAGAGCCUCACUCCAAGUCCAGACAAAUGCCCUGCUCUCGUGAAGCCGUCGAUGCGUCAGGCGACUACGAUCUGUCUCAGGCCUCACACCCUGUGGCACUUGCUGCCAGACUCCGUUCUCCACCUCUCGAACCUGAGUCAGCUGAGUUAGAAGCAGACCGCUCGCUCAACACCUCCCGCCGCAAGCUCUCCGCCAAUUUGCAGCGUGUCGGCUUCUCUCCACGACGACCGCGCAAUUUACAAAGAAGUACUGCGGCACAACAGUCUCCCUCUCGCUCCUAUUCGUAUCUACAUGAUGCACCUGAUUUCCAACAUAUUACAUCCUAUUCCCGAAAAGCAACAACUCCUAAAGCACGCAAGGCCUCUCAUUCUGUAUCUUUCGACGUGGACACAACACCCGUGCGGCGGCAUGUAUCCCAGCCGCAGGUAAAUGUUCAGCCGCCCACACCAUCUGCAACUAGCUCCAAAUUUACUCGUAUGGCGAGGGGCCUUGCGAAGGAUGUGCAUGAGGCUCAGGCCGAGGAUGCUGCAUUCCAGAACCAAUCACAGACUACUACUACCCCUCGUGUGGCGCUUGCAGGUUCUCGUCGUGCCUCUAUGAAGCACCACGACGCAUUGAAACAACCCCUUCACGAGGUCCUCGAUCACAGUGCCGUUGAUAUUAAUGUAGAGGUGGCCCCACCAAAUCGGACAUUGAGGAAAGCCAGUAGAGGACGAGUAAACCUCCCAGACUUGACUGGCCUUACGAGUGCAGUUGUUUCUCCUGCAAAGGCCAACCUUGAACGCUACGGUAUCAAGACUGCUGGUUCAUCGAAAGAGGUGGAAUCCCGUCUUAUAGCGUCACUUAACGCCCUUCAUGCAAAGCUCGCUCAUCUUGAAACAGAAAACGGCAUCGCUCGCCGCCGCGUCCGGGAACUCGAGUGUGAGCUCCAACAAUGCAAACGUGAUGUCGCUCGAGAACGUUCUAGAAUCGUAGAACAAGACCCAGGCGAGCCAUCAUGGAAAAGGGGGAAAGGGGAGCGACGAGAGAGAGAGGAAGAACAGUCAAAGUAUUUCGAGGUGGUGGAGGAAAAGAAAGCCCUCGAAUCCUUGAUAUCUACCCUCCGCUCACACCUCACCCGUGUCACCACAGACUUGACAGCACAACAACAGCUCCUGGAGGACCUUAAGAGACUCAGAGAGGACGACGCCAAGAUGCUUGCCCAAAAAACAGAUGAAAUCGGUGCCCUUCGGCUCGAGGUUGAAAGGCUUGCGGGUGAGAUUGAGGUACUCAGGAAUGUUGUAGAAGAGGGUCUUAAUGAAAGACGAAUGGCGAGGGAGCAGCAGUCACAACUCGAGGAAGAGCAAGACGAGGUUUCUGUGCCGGACCAGUUGCAUCAGGAGCCAGACCUAGUGACUACUCGUUCUGAUUUUCAGUCAACAAGAAGGUUUGUUGACGUGGACGAACUGACGCGGAUAUCGGAAGACCUGGAGGAACGAAGAUCUGAGCGAUCUUCCUGUGGAAGCCCGUCCCUGUCGUCACGACAUAGCUCGCGGUCGCACCCAGGUGACAUGACUCGGCUCACUGACUCCGAGGAUAGCAGAUGUCACGCUACUCGAAGGGAGCCUUCGAGAGACGAUGAUGUUGCCCCAUUAACUCGGAUAUCAGAAGACCCUGAGGAACAACGUUCUGAAGGAUCCUCUCGUGGAAGUGUUCCCCUGUCAUUGCGCCAUGGCUCGCGUCCAGGUGGCAUGACACACGCUCGUGUCGCUGAAUCCGAAGACGGGAGUCGGCCUGCGACUAGGAGGGAGACGUUGAAGGAUGAUGAAGCUGCCCCCUUCCCCCGUAUUCGUUCAGGUCGCCUCGAAAACUUAUUCUUCUCUGCACCGAAACACAACUCUGGGACAUGCACCCGGUGUAAUCACCGGUCAACGCGCACCGGUAGUUAUGCGAACACGAAGGCCACACGUCCAAGUCAGGGACGGGUCCCACUCUUGAAUGAUCAGGGCCCUAAUGCGCAAGUCAAGGACGAUCCCCUCCAGUCCCGAGCGAAUGCCUUUGAACCCGAUGGUGUCGAUUCGUACGAAGCCAUCUUCCAGGGUGGCAAAUUACCACCACAGACUGUGCUCGUCAGGGUAUUACGAGAACUUGAGGAGGAAUUUACACAUCAUAAAGGGAUUUAUAGUGAGCUGGCAGACGAAUACAAGGGUAUGGACUCGACGGUGCAGGCGGCGAGGCGGCGUAUUGUGGCUGAUCAUCUUCAAGAUAUCAUUGAUUUGAUUGAGCGCAAGGUUGAUCAAAUUCAAUCUCUGUAUGAUCUUUUGAAGUUUGAAGAUAAACCAUCUUCUCGGCAACGAAUAUCUUGACAAUCACGUCGGUAAAUUCUGGGUGGAAUUUAGAUGUCGUCUGUUUUAUUUUACACCACAAUUGUAGCUUUCCAAUCGAAUUGCAUUCAUAUUGGUGACCUGUGAUUCAUGGGCCUAUGGCGGUUGUCUGCCGUACGAUGUUAGUUCUCUAAAAUUGGCCAGCCAUCCUUCGACUCGUCUUCCG